AUGGAGGAGGUUCACUUACCCAACUUCCCAUCCACUGCUAAGACCAUCUACAACUGUGCACUUUCUUCUCCUCCUACUCGUGGUAGUGUUAAUAAUUGUCUGCUGAUGUGUAUCGAAUAUUGUGACCAAAAGAAGCAGAGUGUUUUCCACUUCUGUCAGCCGAGGGAUAAAGAUUGGACCACACAACUAGUGGAGCCGCAACAAGGUCAAUGCUGGGACGACGAGAAUGCCCAUCUCUUCCGUUUCCACCACAUUGUCAGCUUCAAUGGCGAGUUAUAUGUUGUUUCAAUGUGCUGUCACAGCCUCUUCAGGGUUAAGUUGAUGAUUGACAAACAUAGUAUUAAUGAUGUCUCAAUCAAGUUACUUGAUCUCAAGUUAAGGAGACCGGACCGGCCUUGGGCGCACUUCAUUAGGACCACUAUGUUGAGAGCUUGCUUCCUCGUUCAGGCCUCACCUACUGAACUAAUGGGUGUUGAGCUACACUACGGUGACAACAGAGGCACUGACUUAAGCAUUGAGACUCGUGUCGAGGGCUUGAAGAUUGCUGUCAAGAAAAUUGAGCUGUAUAAGGUCAACUUCCAGGACCAAAGGUGGGAACACGUGGAGACUUUGCCCGAGGACACUGCAAUCUUCUUAGGCUCCCAUAGCGAUACAGCAGUCUUUUAUAAAAUUCCAAGAAGACCAGACUUGGAUGUGGGAGGACUUGUUCGUGGGAACACGGUGUACUUCAUGCCAACAAGAGACGGGUAUCUUUAUGCGUAUGAUGUUGGAGAGAGAAGUAUUAGUGUCUCGUUACCAUGUCCUAAUGCUAACAGACAUGAUUAUACUGAACCGGUUUGGAUCAUGCCCCUAGGUUGCUCGUCUUCAACCGUUGGUCCUGAACGGGAAAUAGUAGCAGCCUUUAGAGAUGAUAGGGGAGACCAUGAAUACGAAAAUCUUGCCUGA